CUUUUGUUAUCGCGGGUGUGUGCUUUGUACCCCGCCAGCACGGCGCGGUCCGCUGACUGCGGCGACGCUGUGUUUAAUAUUAUUAUUACACAACAUAAUAAUAUAAUAUAUUUUAAUACUUAUGUCAUAUUUUAUGAGUUAUCCAUCGUCUCGUACUUUCGUACCCGUGGCGUCGUGAUCGUCCGUAACAAACACUCGACAUCAGGAUCCCUCGGCGCUAGGUAUGCCCGUCAAAGUGGACAUAACGCCCAGACCUCCGGCAAACUCGAAGCAACUAGGGGUCACCGGGUCUAUACUGUAUAGCGGAUCGAAAUUUCAAGGUUUCCAGAGGUCCAAAGGCAACAGCUACGAGGUGGAAGUCGUACUGCAGUAUGUCGACGAGCAAAACGGUUAUCUGUGCGGUUAUCUAAAAAUUAAAGGUCUCACUGAAGAGUUUCCCAAUUUGACCACCUAUUUUGAUGGAGAAAUCAUUAACAAAAAAUGUCCUUUUUUGACGAGAAAGUGGGAUGCUGACGAAGAAGUUGAUAAGAAACAUUGGAACAAAUUUGCUGCAUUUUGUCAGUAUGCCAAGACGUUCAAUUCGGAUGCAUUUGAUUAUGAAAAACUAAAAAAUGCUGAUCAUGUUUUUAUGCGAUGGAAGGAACAUUUCCUAGUACCCGAUCACACAAUACGUGAUAUUAGUGGUGCGUCAUUUGCUGGUUUCUAUUACAUAUGUUUUCAGAAAUCAACUUCCUCCAUUGAAGGGUAUUAUUAUCAUCGAAGUUCUGAAUGGUAUCAAACAUUAUGCUUGACCCAUGUCCCAGAACACAGUACUCAGAUCUAUGAAUUCAGGUGAUUUGAAGAAUACCAACAUACAAUAUUACAAUGAAAAUAGUACAAUAGUACAUGAAAUUACCUCAAAGCUUUCAGCGUUGUCUAAAGCUUACUGUGAUUUUUUUAAGCAUUUUUCCUUUUUAUUAGGUAACUGAUUUAUUUUCUACCUAUGUAUUUUAUUUUAAUGAAUGAAUAUGACCUACUAAAUUGUGUUGUCUUUGUAAAUAACAUUUUUUAUUAUAAACAUUGCUAGAAUUUUAUUCUUGACAUCUAGUCAAGUAAUUUAGUCUUGACAUCUAUCUGUAUAUCUUUAACCUUAUUUAAAUAAAACAAAGCAUAUAAUAAAUUGUAACUGUUUUUGAAGUGAACACACUACACCAUGUCAAAACAGAUAGAUGUAUUAUAAUAAUGAUAAAUGUGUCUGUAUUGACAUUUGUAAUUUAAUCCAUGAUAAAACAGUAUUUAUUGUUACAUAUUAUAUAUAUUCAUAUUAUACUAUAUUUUUUGUACACUGAUAUAAUUAAUUGUUUGUAAA